AUGGACGGUACUUAUGCGCCGCAGUCCCCCGACCUCUCAGGAUUCCUUGCCUCUCCCAAUAAACAACAGCAGCAGCAAUACCUACCCAGCUCCCUAUCAGCCUCCAGCGCGCCGCAAUACCAGCAGCAACAACAGCUGCCACAGCACGACCUGAGCUCUUAUUCGAGCCAUCAUCAGAUCCCCACAUUUGGUGGCACCAACAACGACUUUGUGGACUACGACACAGGCGGUGCUGCACAUUACAUGCCCCCGAUCCCGGCAUUGCCGCCUGCACCUUCCUUCGACCCAAUUCCCACCCAGGGCAUACUUCCUUUCUACGGCGCCCCUCCACCUUCAUAUACACAUCAACCUCCACCUCCACCUCCACAUCCAUCCCACCCACAACUCUCAUCACACAUCAAACCCGAAUUCUCCCCCUCCGAUCAAUAUACCCCCACAAUGGCGGGCCGCAACAAGCAACCCCCUCCCUCAACGCCCUGGAAAAACCCCAACCCCACCGGCAUCGAAAUCCGCACCAAGUUCCCCGUCGCGCGCAUAAAACGCAUAAUGCAAGCCGACGAAGAAGUAGGGAAAGUAGCCCAAGUCACACCGGUUGCCGUAUCCAAAGCCCUCGAGUUAUUCAUGAUAGCCCUGGUCUCUGGAGCGGCGGAAAAGGCCAAGGAGAAGGGCGGGAAGAGGGUCACGGCGCAGCAUUUGAAAGCUGUGGUGCUGGAGCGGAACGAGGAGUUUGAUUUUCUGGCUGAGAUUGUUGGCAAGGUUGCUGAGGGCCAGGAGGGCGCGGGUGGGGAGACCAGGGGGAAGAAACGGGGCGCUGCUGCUGGAGCUAGUGCGGGGAGUGAGAGUGAGAGUGACGAGGGGGUGCAGAAGAAGAAGAAGGGGAAGGGGAGGAGGAAGAAGGAGGAAAAGGAUUAG